UUUCUGUGAAGAACCAGAGACUUGGUUUUAGUUUUUGCAUACCCUUUUCAUUGAGCUCUAAGAAAAUGGAACUUUUGGCUUCAGCAAUGCGGGGUAUGGUGUCUUAUUCGUCUUCACUCAUGCGUUCAGGAGGAAAAAGGGUGAUUCUAGUGAGGAGUCAAAAGAGAGGUUUAAGCGCAGGAGGGAAUGGUUGGUCUGGGGAGAAGCUUGUGAACCUUUCAGAUUUAGUUCUUAAAACUUUUGCUUGGGGUGUAGUUUCUGUUUUCUGGCAUACCCAAUUCUCUGAUUCCGACAUAGUUCAACAUCUUUCAUUACCUAGUCAGUAUUUAGUGUCUGAUGGUUUCUCUGUCAUUACUGGUUUGUUCCUCUGUUAUGUGGGGUUUUUGAAUAGAAAUGAGGGCGAAGACACCCUACUUGGGGAACCCCUUCUGAAUGGGGAUUCUAGUGUUGGUAAUGGGGUAGUCUCAGAUAAGUCCCGAGGAGCUGGUUCUGUAACCCUUUUCUCUAAUGCUGGAAUUUUUAGCAUUCUUACAUUCUCUUGGAUGGGGUCUUUGAUUGCUCUAGGCAAUAAGAAAACCUUAGACCUUGAGGACGUUCCUCAACUUGAUAGCCUUGAUAGUGUAAUUGGGGCUUUCCCAAAUUUUAGAAAUAACCUCGAGUCAGCUGGUGGCGUGGGGAGUGGAGUAACCAAACUUAAGCUGGUAAGGGCAUUGUUCCUACUGGUAUGGAAAGACACUCUUUUCACAGCUCUUUUGGCACUUGCGUGCACGGUUGCUUCAUAUGUUGGUCCUUAUCUCAUUGACACGUUUGUUCAAUACCUCAAUGGGCAAAGGGAUUUUAAAAAUGAGGGUUAUGUUCUGGUUACAACAUUCUUUGUGGCAAAGCUUGUAGAGUGCCUAUCUCAGAGGCACUGGUAUUUUAGGCUGCAGAGAAUUGGAAUUCAGAUUAGAGCAGUACUGGUAGCAAUGAUCUACAACAAGGGUUUGACCCUUUCAUGCCAGUCAAAGCAGAGCCACACUAGUGGGGAGAUUAUCAAUUUCAUGACUGUUGAUGCAGAAAGGAUUGCCUCAGUUGCAGCCUUUAUUGCGACUGUUAUUGUUAUGCUAGCAAAUUUUCCUUUGGGAAGACUGCAAGAGAACUUUCAGGACAAGUUGAUGGGAUCAAAAGAUAAAAGGAUGAAGGCAACAUCUGAGAUUCUAAGGAAUAUGAGAAUUCUCAAGCUUCAAGGGUGGGAAAUGAAGUUUCUGUCUAGGAUUAUUGAGCUCAGAAAUGCUGAGACAGGAUGGUUAAAAAAAUUUGUUUACACUACAGCCAUGAGCAGUUUUGUAUUUUGGGUGGCACCAACUUUUGUGUCGGUGGCUACUUUUGGUGCUUGUAUGCUUCUGGGAAUCCCUCUUGAGUCAGGAAAGAUCUUAUCUGCACUUGCAACAUUCAGGAUUCUUCAAGAGCCAAUAUCUAAUCUUCCUGAUACAAUAUCAAUGAUAGUUCAGACAAAGGUUUCUCUUGAUAGAAUUGCAUCUUUCCUUCGCCUGGAUGAUUUACAGCCUGAUGUCAUAGAAAGGCUUCCAAGAGGUAGUUCUGAUACUGCAAUUGAGAUUGUUGAUGGAAAUUUCUCCUGGGAUUUAUCUACCUCGAGUGUAACACUAAAAGAUGUUAAUUUAAAAGUACAACAUGGUAUGAGGAUUGCUGUUUGUGGUACUGUUGGCUCUGGCAAGUCAAGUUUUCUUUCUUGUAUAUUGGGGGAGAUACCAAAAGUAUCGGGGACUGUUAGGUUGUGUGGCACAAAGGCAUACGUUGCUCAAUCACCUUGGAUACAGAGUGGAAAGAUUGAAGAAAACAUAUUGUUUGGUAAAGGGAUGGAUAGGGAAAGGUAUGAGAUGGUGCUUGAAGCUUGUUCCCUGAAAAAGGACCUGGAAAUCCUGUCAUUUGGUGACCAGACAGUCAUAGGUGAAAGGGGAAUAAACUUGAGUGGAGGACAGAAGCAAAGAAUACAGAUUGCACGCGCUCUCUACCAAGAUGCUGAUAUCUAUCUGUUUGAUGAUCCCUUCAGUGCUGUGGAUGCCCUUACUGGGUCUCACUUAUUUAAGGAAGUUUUGCUGGGCAUGUUGAGUUCAAAAACUGUAAUUUAUAUCACCCACCAAGUUGAGUUCUUGCCUGCUGCUGAUCUAAUCUUGGUCAUGAAAGAUGGAAAGAUCGCACAAGCUGGAAAAUACAAUGAGAUUCUAAACUCUGGGACUGAUUUUAUGGAACUUGUGGAUGCACAUGAUAACGCUUUGUCAGCACUUGACAUAGUUGAGGGAGGAUCUCUUUCUACAGGAGUAAAUUUGAACAAAGAAGGUGGUGUGAGUAGUACUAUUGGGAAUGUGCAGAAUGAAGACAAUAAAGACAUGCAGAAUGCUAGAACUGAUGACAUAGUUGGGCCUAAAGGGCAGCUUGUUCAAGAAGAAGAGCGAGAGAAAGGUCGUGUUGGGUUUUCAGUCUACUGGAAGUAUAUUACCACAGCAUAUUGUGGAGCUCUUGUGCCCUUUAUAUUGCUGGCACAGAUUGUUUUUCAGCUUCUUCAGAUUGGUAGCAAUUAUUGGAUGGCUUGGGCAACUCCUGUGUCAGAGGAUAGCAAACCCUUAGUUGAGACCUCCACAAUACUAAUGGUCUAUGUGGCAUUGGCUGUCGGAAGUUCUUUAUGCAUUCUUGCUAGAGCCAUGCUUCUUUAUACUGCUGGUUACAAGACAGCAACCCAACUUUUCAAUAAAAUGCAUUAUUGCAUUUUCCGUGCUCCCAUGUCUUUCUUCGAUGCCACCCCAAGUGGGCGUAUCCUGAACAGAGCUUCCACAGAUCAAAGUGCAGUUGAUUUGAGCAUUCCAUAUCAAGUAGGUGCAGUCGGCUUCUCAAUGAUUCAGCUCCUUGGAAUCAUUGUAGUGAUGUCUCAGGCUGCAUGGCAGGUCUUUAUUGUUUUUAUCCCUGUGAUUGCUACCUCUGUCUGGUAUCAGCAAUAUUACAUAUCUUCUGCACGAGAACUUGCAAGGUUGGUUGGAGUAUGCAAAGCUCCAAAAAGUAAGGUCUUAGUGCUCGAUGAAGCUACUGCAUCUGUCGACACAGCUACAGAUAAUCUGAUUCAGCAAACCCUUAGGGAACACUUUUCUGACUGUACAGUUGUAACCAUUGCGCAUCGGAUAACUUCUGUUCUAGAUAGUGAUAUGGUUCUGCUUUUAAAUCAUGGACUCAUCGAAGAAUAUGAUUCUCCAGCAAGAUUACUGGAAAACAAAUCAUCAUCUUUUGCACAGCUUGUACAAGAGUACACUACAAGGUCAAAUUCUAGUUUCGACCAUUGAACAUCAAACUUUAAUAAAUGCCAGCUGACAAUUUUUCCGAUGAUGACGAUGAGAAUCUUGGUAUGUAUGUGAUUUAAUUUUUGCAACCUUUGCUGGGAAAGAGAAAGAGGAUGGAUGUCACUCAAUAUGUACUUCAUAUACAUCUUUGUUUGAAUAAAAUAUCAAUCUCCUG